ACAUUCUCUACAUAGACCAUCAAUUGAUUACAUCACACACGGCUUGCUAGCUCUGUAUAUCUAAAACUUUCACAGAGAAACGAUCUUUUUAUUAGUGGCUGAUAUAGCUUAGUUCAUAAUUAAGAAGUUGUGAAUAUGGGAAGCCUCAGGUUCCUAGGAGCUGCCUUCUUGGUUUUAGUUGUUUUUGACGUCUGUUUAGCAGCUAGAUCACCAAAAGCUCUUGGUAGAGGGUCCGGUUCAGGUUCCGGGUAUGGUUCAGGCUCCGGGGGAGGAAACGGUGGCGGAGGAGGGGGUGGUGGCGGUGGCGGUGGAGGCGGAGGUGGGGGUGGAGGAGAAGGAUCAGGUUCAGGGAGUGGUUACGGUUCAGGGUAUGGAUCCGGUAGUGGUUAUGGAGGAGGAAGCGGUAGCGGUGGAGGUGGAGGUGGCGGUAAAGGCGGUGGAGGUGGAGGGGGUAACGGAGGUUCCGGAUAUGGGUCAGGUUAUGGAAGCGGCUCGGGAUAUGGAAGUGGCGCUGGUGGCAGAGGAGGUGGCGGCGGUGGUGGAGGUGGCGGUGGAGGAGGAGGAGGUGGUGGUAGCCGUGGAAAUGGAUCGGGCUAUGGAAGUGGAUAUGGUGAAGGGUAUGGAAGCGGAUACGGUGGCGAUAGUAACGGUGACUCACCCUAAAUCAUUCUUAUUGCUUAUUUUUACAUGAUAUAGGAACAUACAACAAUAAGGUGAUCGAUGUUUUGUCGUCACAUAUACAUCUUGUAUACUGUGUAAAUAACUCUUCUUUUGAUAUUGAAGAGAGACGAUGUGGUUUCACUUUCCAUAACUAGAAAUCAUAUGCAUUGGCAUUUAUAUAGAUUGUACCAUGCACCAUUUACUUUUCUUAUAAUAGCAUUUUGUACUAAACAUAUGUAUGUACCUUGUUUAUCCCACUUUUUGGUUCCU